UAAUACCAAAUCCUUGCGUCCCCUUUGUGCAGAAUUCUUCAGGAACGUGGCUUACACAUAGGAUAUAGUUUUUCACAUAAUAAAACAAUGAAAAUUCCCACCAUUUCUCUCCCUUGUUUUUGUUCUUAACAAAUCCCAUUCUGUUCAACAACAAAAAAAAGUAGUUUGGGAUUGUUAGAAUCUUCUCCAACUCAUUAACUAUUGAAGAAAAACCAAGGCAGAGAUUGUCCCGAAACAAAAAAGGGGAGGCGAAAUGUGUCCUAUGAGGUUCUUGUUGGUGUUUUUCUCAGCUAUUUUAGCAGGCUAUGUCGCAUGGAGGACCGUGCGUCCAUCACCUGACACCGAAGGCGAAGUUUCAGAGGAUGGGGAGAAGAUCGUUGUCAAAGAAGAAGAAUUCAGCUUCAAAAGGAUGGUGCAGAAUGGGUUCUGGGUAUUUGUGGACAUGGCUAGCGGGAAGUAUUUGUGGAGGAAUCUCAAGGAACUGAAGAAUGAUGAGAAAGUUAAGAGCUCUUAACAGUUUUUAACAUAUGGUGAUGAGAAAGUUAAACUAGUUCUUUUCUUGUAUCAAUAAUUGUACCAUAAGAACAUGUGAAUCCUUCCUUGUUAUGAUUAUGAAAUAUGAAUGCAAUUUAUCCAAG